CUGUCUCACCUCUCUCACAAACUCGCCCACUUUAUCCCCUUCAAUUUUCAUCGUUUCGUUUUUUCCAGAAACUCUUCCUAAAAUUAAAAAAAAAAAAAAGAUUUUCAGGGAUUGCACCGCGUGAUAUCUCCGAGGCGCGCGACUCACGCCUUGUACAGGACGCGCAGAAGACGCUUCCGCCCCAAAUGGCUCGAGCUCUGCUGCAUCCAUAUAGUGGUAGAAUAUGGGCUUCUUUAUCCAAUGUGACCAAAAAGGAUGGCCAUUCGGACUCUACAGUCUUGGUUCUGGGUGGAACUGGUCGGGUCGGUGGAUCCACUACUGUCGCUCUCUCCAAGCUUUGUCCUGAUCUAAAGAUCGUCGUUGGUGGUCGUAACAGAGAAAAAGGUGAAGCAAUGGUGGCGAAGUUGGGCAAGAAUUCUGAGUUUGUUGAAGUAGAUAUCACCAGCACUAGAUCACUAGAGAAAAGUCUACGAGAUGUUGAUCUUGUAGUCCAUGCCGCGGGCCCUUUCCAACAACUUCAGCAAUGCACUGUUCUUGAAGCUGCCAUAAAGACAAAGACAGCAUAUGUUGAUGUUUGCGACGACACAAACUAUGCCUUUCGCGCGAAAUCCCUUGGUGCUGAGGCAGUUUCCGCAAACGUCCCGGCAAUAACCACUGCUGGAAUAUAUCCAGGAGUCAGCAAUGUGAUGGCAGCAGAACUGGUUCAUGCAGCAACAAGUGAAAGCAAAGGGACCCCAGAGAAGUUGAGGUUCUCUUACUACACGGCAGGCAGUGGUGGUGCCGGUCCUACCAUAUUAGCCACGAGCUUUUUACUUCUCGGUGAAGAAGUUACUGCAUAUAACAAAGGAGAAAAGGUUAAAAUGAAACCAUACAGCGGAAUGAUCAAUGUAGAUUUUGGGAAAGGUAUCCGAAAGAAAGAUGUUUAUCUACUAAACCUGCCGGAAGUAAGAACGGCACACGAAGUUCUUGGAGUGCCUACAGUCUGUGCCCGUUUUGGGACUGCUCCAUUUUUCUGGAACUGGGGAAUGGAGGCCAUGACAAAGCUUUUAUCCCCGGAAUAUCUAAGAGACAGGACCAAAGUCCAGAAACUGGUCCAGUUGUUUGACCCUGUCGUCAGAGCCAUAGAUGGAAUUGCUGGAGAACGCGUGUCGAUGAGGGUUGACUUGGAGUGCUCGGAUGGGCGGAGCACAGUGGGUGUAUUUAGUCACAAAAAGCUCUCUGUGUCUGUUGGAGUUGCAACUUCAGCUUUUGUUCUUGCAGUUCUCGAAGGAAGCACGCAGCCUGGGGUUUGGUUUCCGGAAGAGCCCCAAGGGAUUGGCAUAGACGCGAGGGAAGCUCUUCUUAGACGUGCGUCCCAAGGAACGUUCAACUUCGUUAUGAACAAGCCGCCGUGGAUGGUUGAAACAGACCCGAAAGAAGUCGGCUUAGGGAUUUAUGUUUAAAUGUUAUCCAGUAACAUCGUCGCGAGCGUUUCUUAUAUGUUCGCAGAUGUUUCGAUGCCUAGUGUUUAUAAAUGGGAUUGGAGAGUAGGUUAUUUAAUUCAGAUGGAUAGAGUAAUACCUCGUAUUCGAUAUAAAUUAUUAAAAUCAGACUAACCGAAAUUUAACAACAAUAACAUCACUUUAAUUUUAAGUUUAUUUGGAGUCGGUUGCAUGAA